AAAACUUUGCCAACCUUCUCUGAGUUAAUCAUUCCUUUCGCAGAAUUAAUGGAAUGGAUAUACACGAUUUGUUCUUUACUUAUGGAUUCUUCUCCUAGAAAAUCAAUGACGCUCUCUAUCUCUUUAUAGAAAUGGCUUCAUCUUUACUUUUGAUCCUGAUUUCUCUGUUCGCCAUUGUCUCCCUCUCCAUAUUGUUCGAAUUUCUGUCGAAUUCAUAUUCAUUGCUCGAGUAUCAUUUAUGGCUUCAGAAGAUGACGGACGAAGAAGACACUCGAUCGGAUGAAAUUGCUGAUGAAGAUAAGCGACUUGCGACAAAGCAAAUGGCGAAGCGACCGAAGCACAACAGAGAUGACCCCGCAGUAGAAAGUGAUGAUGUUGUAAAGCUAGCAUUGCUGCAUCUGUUGGGCAAUGUUAUGUUUGGGCACCAGCCAUGUGUUACUUUUUCUAUUAGAUACAUUAACCUAGUAGAUGAUUUGGAUGCAUUCAAUAAAUUCACAUGGGGUGAAGACAUAUGGGAAGAGUUGUUAACACAUGCUGGGAGAUGUGCACAAUCCCUUAAAGCUCGUGGAAGGGGAAAAGUGACGUUUGGAGGGUUUGUCUUUGCCUUACAGGAAAGCCAAUGGAAAGUGCUGAAGAUGAUCCUUGAGCAAUUAGAAAGACAAAAGGGAGAUGAUACAGAGGAGAGGGGUUUUAAAAAGAUAGAUGAUGAAAUUGUCAAUGAAAAUGAAAAUGUUGAGAGUGAAGACAUGGAAAAUAAAAACAUGGGGAAGGAUACUAUUUUGGAACAAGAUGGCACUGACCAUGAAGAUGUGGGAAAGGAUGCUACUUCCAAACAUGAUGACACUGAUCUUGGUCAUGUUGACACCACAGUCAGUAAUGAGGGAGAUGAUAAAAUCAAAGAAGACAUCCCGGUGGGUAAGAGGCAAACUAAAGAGCCCCAAAAGCUCUCACUUUCAGGGCGAAAGGUGCCAAAGAAGACACAGAAAAUGAAGGAAGCUGUGAAGAGCAAGUUUGAAGUAACUUUGAGUCAAAUGGAAGUCGUGAUUGGACCAUUCAGCCUACACCCUAAGGCCAGAACAGGAGUGAGAAAGAUUUAUACAAAAGGAGAUGAAAACAUGACAAAGAAGCCUAUCAUACUGGAUAAGUUCAUAAUCAGCAGCAAAACAUGGCUUUAUGAUCUCUUCAUGGAUCAAGAGUGGCUGGAUACACUGAAAGUGUGCUUUCCCAUGGGCCCGAUCAGAUUUUGUCUAUAUGCCCCUGAAUACUGGGGGACAUUGGGUGCUGCUAGUGCAGCGGUGGAGUCCAAAAUAGUAUGGGUUUAUAAUUCAAAGGGAGGGAGAUCUCUUAAAGAGAUUGCUGAAUAUAGCACUUGCAUCAAAUGCCUUCUACCCAAGUUAAUGGAUUUGUGUGAUGUCUACAUUAAUCAUCCUACUGGACCAAUGGGAGACAACAAGCUUCAUUUGAAGGCUGUAGAUUUUUGCCCACAACAGACUGAUGCUGGGAAUUGUGGUAUGUUUGUGCUUAAAAUUGUAGAGUACCUCAUGAUGGAUAUGGACAUUAAGGACAUUCGUACAGAUGACAUGGCAGCAUAUAGAAUGAAGAUGGCUACAGAGCUAGUUCGAUUUGCAGAGUCAAAUAUGGCUGCAAAGGAGUGACUAUAAAAGAUAUUGAUGUUAUUAUCUGUUUUGUGUAUUGAGCUGGUUGAAAACUCUAUUGCUAUAUUUUGCUUUGUAUGAUGAAACGUUUGGUGUAUGAGAACAAUGCAUAUGGUUAGUGAUGGUCAUUGGCAUAUUGCAUUGUGACUUAGUUUCAUCAUGUACUAGAACUCUGUGUUUGGGUACAUGUGCCUUUGUUGUGUUUUGAAGUAAUGUGAAAGUGAAACUGUUGAAAUUGUGUUGUGUUAAACGUGUUGUUUAAAUCAAUUCCAAUGAAAUAAUUUCCUCUUUACGUAUUCAUCUAUGGAAGUAUAAAGUGCAUUUAUUUAAAUUGUGUCAAAAAAUCGGAAGGCAAUGUGGUAGUAUUCAACAAUCAAUACAAUGUGUUAAG